AUGUCUUCUCGAGUGUCCAGAUCUCAAAUCGAGGCAGAUGAGGGAACAAGGGCACGCCGCGAGCGUGGUCGACAAUCUCAGGCUGCCUUCCGCAAGCGCCAGGCGCAAUUCAACCGGGACCUAAAGACCAAAAACCGCCAGCUCACUCGGAGUAUUGAAAAGGUUCUUGGCUGUAUUCAAGGCGACGAGCGCUCAGAACUACUGGAAGCCGUUUCUGACAUGGCUCGCACAGCCGGGAUUAACACCUCGCCUGAAGUUGAGCCGGAACGAGAGGAGCGCAAUCACUUUCUCAGUUGGUACAUAAAUGAUCUGGCUGUUCUAGGCAACGAGGAAUUGAAUGAUGAGUUCAUACUUCCAGACAAGCCUCCAAAGCCCCAUUACAAUGGAAUGCGUCUAGAUCCAUUCCACUACAUGAGCAUCUCACUACCACCCGAGGAUAUCGUGCCAUAUCUCAGUGGAGGCUUAAACACAUUUGCUGGCAGACUGUUCUGGUUCAUGUUAGAGCAUAGUCAAGGUCGUUGUGAGAAUGACCACGAAGAGCCAAGGCAAUUCCAUCAGAGGAUUGUUGGUCACUCUCAAGCAAUGGGAGGGGUGAGCUUAUCAUUUGCACAAAAGAUGGUAGAGGCAAGGCUACAACACAGACGUACGGGAUGUGUUGCCGCCGAAAUUGCACCAGCAGCAGAGCUGGACUUGGCUAUGGUUAUUUGCACCAAGGUGCAGGAAGAUUACGAAAGGAAAGGAGACAACAUGGCACAGUGGAUGUCCUGCCAGGCUGUUGAGGAGCACAUUCGAGAGAUCCUUGGCGAGGAUGCGUUCACCAGGCUCCAGGUGGCCUUUUUAGAAAACGGGCAUCCGUUUGUCAAAAGAGAGGUCGACAAACUGUAUUGCAAGCUAUAUGAUACAUUUGUGUGUUUUGGAGAUGGCCCAAGGUGGACUGUUGAUACUAUCAAUGAGCUUGUCUUUGAGUGGAUCAUGUCGGCCUUUGAAGCAACAGAGAAGAGAUACUUGGCUGGGGAUUUUGACAGGGAAUCUGGUUUAUUUUCUUUCUAG